UAGAGGGACUUUAUACGAAGUAUGUGUGAUCACACUGGUCUGGUAUGUCACCCUAAAACUGUACUGUGGUUAGUGUGCCCUUUGUCACAUUGUGUGUGUGAGUGUGUCAUGCCUCUCCAUAUGAUUCUGUCUCAUGUAUGGUUUACAUAGAGAAGAGUUUUCUUCUCGUUUCCUACGUGGGAACUUGCAGGCAGCCCACAACCAUCAACAUGACCAUGACUGUUCAGAGAAGUUCCCCUUUUUACCUUCAUAGUCCUCCAUCACUUCCCAGUCCUGCUUUUCCUAAAUCUAACAUCAGAGGAUGUUUAUCACCGAGACAUUUAUUACUCCUCUCAGGAGCAGAGCCAGCUUUUACAGACAGGCUUCAAUAUCUUUCCUGCUUUAUCUCUGGGAUGUUUACUCUGCACCUUCACCUGCUGGAAGACACAUCCUGACUCUGCUGUCCCUCUGUUUCACACUCGCCAUCAUCACCGGUGGCCUGCUUCAUCACUGGCUGUCCAAGACUCUGAGAUAUGACCAUGAAGCCUCUGCUCAGACCACCUGCAUCUACUCUGUGGCCAUGUUUCUGGUCUCAUCCCUGUGUCACCCUCUGCGCUGCGUGCUGACUAUGAUUCUGCCCACUGUCUGUACCAAACAGGGGCGCAAACUCCUCAUCUCAGCCUCUGUCAUGAUUUUAGUGGUGAACGUCAUCCCUAAUAUUACGGUGAAUGUAGGGGCGGUGGCACACAUCCUGAAGUGCACCGCUGAGGGUUUCACAAAGACUUUAUUAAAUUCAUCUGAACCUUUGAACAAAGUGAAGCGAGACCUUGUUGAAGAAACCAUCAAAAUGAAUAGGGAAGACUUGAGCUUUGUGACUAAUUUAAGGAAGUUAGAUCAUUUCACAAAUGUUAAUGUGUCAGAAGUCAAACGCCGGUUUAAUGAAAUGAUUGGGCAGAUGGAGGUCAACUUCUCACACACCAGGAACCUGCUGAAAGAGUGUAAACUGCUGGCGAACCGAAUCCUUGCUGCUGUUUUUGUUGCUUUGCUAAUCUUUGAAUGCGCACGCUACUUGAAAUCUUAUCUGACAUCAGUUCAGUUUGAUAAUGGCUACACCUCCAGAAAUCUCCUGAAAAAAGCAACUGCCACUGGUAACAAAAGACCAGCUAAAAUAAAAAUAAAUUCCGCAAGCUGUGAAGUAACAAAUCAGGAGUGUACCUCUUGCUUCAUGUCAUUGGUUGUGGUGACGUUAUAUUUCAUUGCAAUAACUGCAAUAGUAGCUUUGGAUCACGUUGUACAUCACAUAGUUGAGGUGAUUGUGCCCUGGUUACUGGAUUUUCCACCUACAUCUGCCGGCAUAAGUGUCAAUUAUAAGCUCCAGUUCUUCUCCCCUGCAUCCUGUAUUAUCCCACAAUUCUGCGUCACACAGGAGCUAACCAACUUCCACAGGGAUUACAAGUGGACAUUCAGCCCAGAGCCCUCGCUCUGUGAUGUGACAACUUCAGCUCCAGACCUGAGAGUCACACUCCUGCUGGGAUGUCUCUGGCUGAUGAGCUACUCUCUGGUGUUCCUCGAGGUCUACGCCAGACGGCUGCGCAGGAAAAUCUCUGCAUCCUUUUUCAGAGAGCAGGAGGAGAGGAGGAUGGCCUACUUGAUGAAGAAAAUACAAGAGAAACAGAAUAAAAAAGAGCAAAAAGAGCCUGUUUCUGUUCAGGUUGCCUGUGGUUGAAGUUGUUUUGAUAUUUUUGGCCUUGCCUGCUGCAUGGAAAUAUCAGUCAUUCCACCACUUUGGUCCAGAUGGAAAUAUCUCCAAGAAAUUCUCUAGAGGCAUAUUUUGGUCCCCAGAGGAUGAAGCUUUUCCUCAGACGCCACCAUGAGUUUAACAUUUAGGGUUUUAGUGAAAUGUCUCCACAGCCAUUGAAUGGAUUGUCAUGGGAUCUGUCACAGAUAUUGUGCCAAAACAAUGAAUCCUCAUAACUUUAAAGGUCCCCUGACUUGUCAUGUAGCAUCACCGGCAGGUCAAAGUUUUAUGAAAUCUCAAAAGUUACUUGAUGAAUUGGCACAAAAUGAAGUAGAGAAAUUCAUGUAUCUAAUGAUUUUGGUGAUUUCCUUACUUUUCCUCUAGUGUCGAGAUUGAAAUGUCUCAACAAACAAUGGAUAACUUUGUUAGCUUAACUUUUAAUCCAAUCAUCAGGCCAAAAUUUAAUUAUUCAGUACUUUAGCUGCCAAUUCCUGCAACACAUAUAACUUUGUGUUUAGUGCUAAUUAGCAAAUGUUAGCGUGCUAACACACAAAACUAAGAUGCUCAAGAUUGUGAGCAUGCAGCAUUUAGUUCAAAGCACUGUUAAAUUCUGCCUCACAGAGCUGUCAGUGUGGCUGUCGACUCCAAGCCUUGUCUACAGUACAGUUCUUCUUAGGUCGUAUAUCAUUCUGUUCUAGCAAAAACAUAAACUGAAGAAAGGGCUUCCUGUGUAUGAGUCACUGCCAACACCUUUUCUUUUGCAAGCGUGUCACCCCUCUACAGGCUCCUCUCAGGCGCCCACACUUAAACCUGAUGUGGUUUUUAUAGAUGGUGCACAACAUCUGCUGAUUUUACAUCCACUCUUUAUUUUUUUGACCUACACAUGCCUGGUAACAGCUUCUUUGUUUUCUUUUCAGAGGAAAGAAAACUGUACAUUGUAUUUUUCUGUGCUGUGUGUGCAGUGUUGUUUUUUCUCUUGUGUGAUUGUGGCUAUUUCUUGUGGGGGUUUUUUUGUUUGUUUUUUUUACUCCUCAGUCCCACUAGAUGCCACUAUGGUGCUUUGGACAAAUGAGGACAGCACAUAAUAUAGUACCUCCAGUCUGUAAAUGAGCACUGAUAGAUUAGAUCUAGGCAAUUUUUUUAAAAUAUUGUAUUGGCCUAGAUAACCAUAAUAAAUUAAAUGAAUCUGUUUCAUGCACACAUAAAAUAAUUCACCAGCCUAUUUUAGUGCGGCCUUAUAAAAAAAGAAUCACUUCCUUUCUCUGAAAAACUCCUUUGCAUAUCAGUACGCUCCUGCUUAAAAUUCCCAUGAGGCUUCAGGAGUUUAUUUGAAGACCUCAUCUUAGAAUAAUAAUAGAAAACCUCUUUAUCAUCUAUUUUUACUCCUGACUUCUUAGCCACUUCAUGAUUGUCUCAAAAUUCAGCAGCAGUCUGUGUAAAGAUGAUGGUCCAGAAAUUAUAAAUAAUUCAUAUAUUUUCCUGUUACUAUGAAUUCCCACAUCAGUGUGUUGCUUACUAAGAGUGUGUGACAGCUCUGGUCUUAAGCUCAUUGGAAAUGCACUUAACUGAAAGGUGGAUUAUUGCUAAAAAUGUAAAUAAAAAAUUAACCCCUAACGCCCAAGUUUCCCCCUUCUGUCUCUCCUUUAGUAGCUUUAAAGUCACACAAAUCAACAUAUGCUAUAUCCUCCUGAAUAUAUUCUG